AGAAGGUUAAAUGAUGACAGCUCAUAGAAGCACAGCAUUCAUCUCAAAGGAACAAAGGAGCCACUAAAAGCUGGUGAUGCAGGACCAAAAUAUCCUCAUAUUUUGGUCCUUUCGUUAGGAUGCCCCAUCACUGCGUAGCCUAUGGAUGUGGCAAGACUGUGGAAGACGGUGUACCGCUGUUUAAGUUCCCCAAGGACCCAGAUGAGUUUCGCAAGUGGGAGAAGCAGGUCCAGCGAACACGCCCACAUUGGUUUGCCACACUCAACUCUCAUCUCUGCAGUGAUCAUUUCGGUAAGGAAUACUUCGAGGCGCGGCAGCCUACAGGAGCUCUGAAGCUGAGGCAGGGCGCUGCUCCUACGGUGUUCGUCCGUCCACAAUGCUGCUGCAAGGGAGUGGGCUGUCGGCGCUGCCGGCCCUCCACCAAACGCCGGAGCCUUACAGCUGAAACAAAAGAGCCUAGAACUAGUGGAGAAAACUCUCAAAUGGGACCCAUGAAGUGUCUUGAGGCUGAUGGAGGUAACGAAGAACAUCCAACAAAAGGAGGCCUGAAGUCCAAGGACAAAGACACAGAUGAUAGAUCAUUAGUUUGUGAGAUGUGUGGAACAACUGGGAGUAUUAGCACAUUCUAUUCAAAGACGAAACGAUUCUGCAGCACAUCCUGCUCACGCUCCUAUUCAUCAAACUCCAAGAAGUCGUCCAUACUGAGACGUCUGCAGGGAAGGCCUCCUUCAAAAAAAUCUUUUGUGUUGCAUAAAGUCAACAAAGCCGUAAUAGGAGUCGAAGGAUCUGCUGGUUUUGACUGGGGCACCUACUUGGAGAAGGAAACGUCUCUGGCUGCAUCAGUCUCCUGCUUCACACACGCUCCUCUGUAUGCUCACUGGGACGACAUCACUGUUGGGAUGAAGGUGGAGGUCCUGAACUCAAAUGCAGUCCUUCCUAGUAAAGUCUACUGGAUCGCUACCGUCAUCCAGAUUGCAGGAUACAAAGCUCUUUUGCGAUACGAAGGCUUCGAGCACGACAACAGCCGUGAUUUCUGGUGCAACUUGGUUUUAGGAGAGAUGAACCCGAUCGGAUGGUGCGCCAUGACGAGUAAACUCCUUGUGCCACCACAAGAUGUGCAGAACAUCCCAGAUUGGAAAGAAUAUCUGAUGAAAAAGCUGGUGGGAGCCACCACUCUACCUGUCGACUUCAGCUUGAAGCUGGCAGAGAACACGAAGACAUCUUUCAAGGUGGGCAUGCGCGUGGAGGUGGUGGAUCCCAAGUACGUGACCCGGACCCGCAGGGCCUUUAUAGACUCUAUUUUUGGUGGUCGUUUGCGGCUGGUGUACGCAGACCAAAGUGACGCCCCUGAGAAUAUAGUCGCUGACUUCUGGUGCCACAUGUGGAGUCCCCUGGUUCACCCGAUAGGCUGGUCUGCCAAAGUGGGUCAUGCCGUCAAACCAGCUGGAAGCGCGGAAGCGUCCUGCGUUUUGAAAUGCAAUGGCGACAGCACAUCCACUCUCUUUAAAAAGCCCAGGUUCACUUACAUGGGGGAGACUUUCUUCGAAGUAGGAAUGAAGUUGGAGGCCAUUGACCCCCUCAACCUGGGAAAUAUCUGUGUGGCCACUGUACAGAAGGUGCUGUUCGAUGGUUACCUGAUGGUGGGCAUCGAUGGCGUCACAUCAAACAAUGGCUCCGACUCGUUCUGCUACCACGCUUCCUCUCACGCAGUUUUACCAAUUAACUUCUGUAAAGAUCACAAUGUCCCUCUCACAGUCCCACAAGGUUAUGAUCCUCAGACCUUCACCUGGGAGAUGUACCUGGAGGAAACCGGAGCCAAAGCUGCACCAACAACACUGUUUAACGCAGACUAUCCAGGUCACGGCUUCUCCCCCAACGUGAAGCUAGAAGCGGUGGACCUGAUGGAGCCACGGCUGGUGUGUGUGGCCACCGUGAAGCGCUGUGUCGGCCGCCUGCUGCUGAUCCACUUUGACGGCUGGGAUGACGAGUUUGACCAGUGGAUCGACCACCAGUCCCCAGACAUCUACCCUGUAGGCUGGUGUGAGGUCGUGGGCUACCAGCUCCAGCCGCCGCAUGGACUCGUGGAUUCAGCUGAAAAUCAGGUGGCACGGAAGAGACCAAGGCACUUUAUAUUCGGGAAAAAAAAAAGGAGGGGUUACAGGAAGGGGAUCUCGCAUGACCACGCGAGUGACGCCGAUCAGCCGACUGAAGUUGACGCUGAACGCUCUCAGAGCCGUCCUCCGGAACCACCGCUCAUCCAGCCCAAAACCGAACCAGAGGAGCAAGAGAUUUUUGCAGUGACGGUGAAAGUCGAGGAGAUGGAGAUGGAAACCCCUAUUGAGCCCCCGGGGAGGCCUCAGGAGAUCUCUGAGGGCGGAAUCAAAGUGGAGGAAACCGAGGAGCAUUUAAACCCUGAACUGUACCAGGAAGGCAUCACACAUCAAAGGAUGAAACGCACAAAAACUCUGGGAGGAGAAAUGGGGGGAGAGCACGACUCAUUCAAGAAGAGCUUCACGGAGGAAAGAAACAUGGAGCUGAGUGACAAUGAAAAACAAGACCAAGAGGAUGCGGAAAUGACGGUAGCAUGACGCUGAAAUAAUGAUAUGACAUAAGAAGGAUUUUAAAUGGAAGAUAAUGAAUGAAAUGUAAUUUCAAUAAACAAUGACAUUUCAUUAAAGAUCAGCAGAUCCUGAGAGUUUAGACUACCAUACCUCCUUUUCUCCAAUCUUAGUUCCACUACAGACAUUUGUGCAGGAUGUGGCGAUGAAAACGCUUCAUGUUACAAUAACAGACUUAUUUGUUGUAAGAUGUUAUUUUCAUUGACUUGUAUCCAGAUAUUUUCAUUGUAAAUAUCCAGUUAUAAUUAAAACCAUUUUCAUAAAUGUACUGAUUUGCUAACAUUUUCUUCAUAAGUAGUGUUUGAUGGUCGGAUGCAGGAGUUGAAAAUAACUACUGAAGAAACCAUCUUUUUCAUUUGAUCAAAUAACAGCAGAGCGUGUUUUUAUUACUGACAUUCACUGUAUCUCCUUAUUUUCAACUGGAGCUGCAUGUGUAGAUAAAACAUAUACAGUAUUUGUACAUCUUGUCAUUUGAGCCUGUUAUAAAAUACAAAAGUGCAGAGUCUGUUAUGAUUUGAGGGUUUUCACAAUGAAAUUUAAAUUAAGACUGGAAAUGAUUGUUCUUUAUUUAUUGCAUGCUUCUUUAUUUCCCCACAGCUGCUUCAAAAAGUCUUAAUAGGACAGGUGUGGGCGGCUCCCAUUAUUUCUUCAUCUACUAAGCAAGUGAGGUGAUUAAGUGUAAUAAAUGAGGCCUGAAUGUCUAUAGACGACAAC